GGAUGUCCGUUUCGUGAAGGAAGACAAAAGAAAAACAGCUGACAAAAAGAAUACAAAGGUUCCAGAGAAGAACCAAAACGAGUCACAAGAACGCAAGUGCAAGUUUUGUUUCAGGCACCAUCCUUUCACUAAGAAGAACUGCCCUGCACGGGGAACAUCUUGCAAGAAUUGUGGCAAGCCAAACCAUUUUGCGGUAUGUUGCAAAGAAUCUAAGAAGAAAGUGCUGUCUGUGGAUUACAAAUCCGAAGAUGAGGAGUAUGAAUAUGUAGCCGAUGUUGAAGUGAAAGAACAGGUUAAUGCAUUAGCCUCCAGUCGUCACCCUAUCAAAGUUUUGCCAUUCUACUGGUCAAUGGAAACCAGGAAAAGUUUCAGUUAGACAGUGGAUCAACAGUAAACAUCAUGACUGAUGAGACAGUGUUAAAGCUGUUUGGCCAAAACGGCUUGAGUGAAUUGGAAGAACCCCCCUUAACCCUGGCAAUGUACAACCAGUCAGAGGUCAAACCCUUGGGCAAGAAGCGAUUAAAAGUCGUCUACCCCAAGAGCAAUAAGAAAUACAGCAUUGAGUUUCAUCUUGUUUGUGGUGAUUGUAAAUCCAUUUUUGCUUGAGGACCAGCGAACACCUUCAGCUGCUAACAGUCAACAGCCAGAAUAUCCUUUCUGUGGAAUCAAGCGGUCUGGAGGAGAAAGGUCCCAAGGUGGAAGACUACAUUUCGCAGUACACCGAUGUGUUCACUGGAGAAGGCAAACUAGAAGGGCUAUUCCACCUGGAGAUAGACAAGAAUGUUCAGCCAGUCCAACUACCUACACGGAAAGAACCCAUUGCCCUCAGAGAGCCUCUAAAACAAGAACUGGACAGAUUGUCAAACAUUGGAGUGCUUCGAAAGGUCGAUACAUCUACGAACUGGAUUUCAGCACUUGUGGUCACAAAAAAGAAAAAAGGCAAAGUUAUACUGUGUAUUGACCCAAAACCAUUGAAUGAAGUUUUACACAGAAAUCAUUACCCCUUACCUACAAUGGAUGAUGUGCUGCCUCUGUUAUCAAAGGCCCGUGUGUUCACGGUAUUAGAUGCGAAAAAUGGGUUCCGGCACAUACAGCUGGAUGAGCCAAUCAGCUUUGCUACUACCUUUGGAACACCCUGAGGAUGCUUUCGGUGGCUUCGCUUGCCGUUUAGUGUAUCCCCAGCUCUAGAGGAGUUUCAGAGGAGGAUUGAUAUUGCGCUUGAAGGCCUACCAGGGCAGAAGGCUGUAGCAGACGACAUCCUGGUGUUCGGAGCAGGAGACACCGAUGAGGAAGCACUCAAAGAUCAUGACCGAAACCUGCGAGAAGUGUUCAACAGUUGUCGGCAGAAGGGCAUCAAGCUUAACUCAGAGAAGAUACCGUUUAGACAGAAGCAAGUCAGCUCCAUGGGCCACAUCAUAUCGUAGGAGGGUCUCCGGGCUGAUCCAAACAAGCUGAAAGCUAUCAAUGAAAUGCCGCCUCCCACGGACAAGGAAGGUGUCCAGAGAGUACUAGGCAUGAUAAAUUACGUGCAGAAGUCUGCUUCCAACUUAGCAGAUUUGGCCAAACCACUGAGAGAGCUUGUCAAGAAGGACAAUGAGCUUGUCUGGGACAAAGAAGCUCAUGGUCAGUGUCUAGAUCAAGUGAGGCAGGGUUCAACCCAGGCACCCGUGCUCAAGUUCUUCGACCCCCAAAAGAAGACCGUACUCCAGUGCGACGCCUCUAUGAAUGGUCUUGAGGCGUGCUUGAUGUAGGAUGGUCGCCCUGUGGCGUAUGCCUCCAGGGCUCUGACGCCUACUGAGACUAACUACGCUCAGACAGAAAAGGAACUAUUAGCAAUUGUCUUUGGAGUUGAGCGAUUUGAGGGCUGUCUAUGGCAGAAAGAUCUUUAUUGACACUGAUCGCAAACCCCUGGAGUCUAUUAUGAAGUGAAGUCUAUUGAGUGCACCAAAGCGAUUACUGGGAAUGCUGUUGCGUCUACAUAAAUUUGACUUAGACGUUUCCCCCAGAAAGGGUACAGAGAUGCACAUGGCUGAUCCACUUAGUCGAGCUCACCUUCCCCUAGUUAAACAAGACAUAGUUGACACCCAGGAAGUAUGGAUGGAAUGUUGCCGACACAGGAUCACCAACAGAAGUUGAGACUGAGAAUGUAGACAUGACAGAGUUUGUGCCCAUUCGGAAACUAACUUUGCAGGAAAUCAAAAGUGCCACUGAAGUUGAUGCAGAGCUCCAGGCAUUAGCCUUUAUUAUUACACAAGGCUGGCCAGAGAGAAGGGCUGACGUACCCUCCCAGUUGCAGUUCUAUUUUUCCUUCAGAGAAGAGUUGUCAAUACAGGAUGGUGUUGUGUUCAAGGAGGAGCGCAUUGAGGUACCAUCUAGCCUCAGGCAAUGCAUGAUGGAUAAAGUACAUGCCAGUCACCUGGGCAUUCAGGGGUGCCUCAGGAGAGCCAAAGAAGCCUUCUACUGGCCAGGCAUCUACAAGCAAAUCACACAAUUCAUCUCAAGGUGCAGCAUUUGCAACAGCUACAAACCAGAGCAGCAGAAAGAACCUCUGAAAUGUCACGAAAUACCUGCACGACCAUGGCAGAGCAUCUCAGCAGACCUGUUCGAGCUCAAUGGCACCCAGUACUUGAUUACAACUGACCGCUAUUGUAAUUUCUUCGAGUUGGAUAUACUGACGUCUACGACAGCCAGAGCGGUUAUUAACAAGCUGAAACCUCAUCUGCCAAGAUAUAGUAUUCCAGACCGACUAACCACAAACAACGGCUCACAGUUCGACUGUGCUGAGUUUCAGAAGUUUGCAGCCGAGUACCAGUUUGAACACGUUAAAACGUCUCCACGGCUCCUCAAUCCAACAAUAGAGAACAGAGAGCUGAGAACAGUGUCAAAACAGCAAAGAAUAUCUUGUUAAAAGCUGCUGAUGCAAGCCAUGA